GAGUGUUGUCGGCUGGGAAAUGGCGGCCGCGGGCUUGGUCGCUGUGGCCACGGCUGCAGAGUACUCUGGCCCAGUAGCGUCGGGAGGUAACCUCUCCGUUGUUAACUGCGGCCCGAACUCCGGGGCAGGCCCUGGUCCGGGCCCGGGCUCAUGGAGCCGCUCCCUCGACCGAGCGCUGGAGGAGGCGGCGGUAACCGGGGUGCUGAGCCUGAGCGGCCGGAAACUGAGGGAGUUUCCCCGGGGAGCGGCCAACCACGACCUGACGGACACCACCCGGGCGGAUCUGUCACGAAAUCGCCUCUCAGAAAUUCCCAUAGAAGCAUGUCACUUCGUUUCUCUUGAGAAUCUCAAUUUAUACCAAAAUUGUAUUCGGUAUAUACCAGAGGCAAUUCUAAACUUGCAAGCUCUAACGUUCUUAAAUAUUAGUCGAAACCAGCUGUCAACAUUGCCAGUACACUUGUGUGAUUUACCAUUGAAAGUCUUAAUUGCUAGUAAUAACAAAUUGGUCUCACUUCCAGAAGAAAUUGGACAUCUCAGACAUUUAACAGAACUUGAUGUGAGCUGCAAUGAAAUUCAAACAAUCCCUUCCCAAAUUGGUAAUUUGGAGGCCUUGCGAGACCUUAAUGUAAGAAGAAAUCACUUAGUACGUUUGCCUGAAGAGCUAGCAGAGUUGCCUUUGAUACGGUUAGACUUUUCCUGCAAUAAAAUUACAACAAUCCCUGUUUGUUAUCGGAAUCUCAGGCACCUACAGAUGAUCACCCUAGAUAAUAAUCCACUACAAUCUCCUCCUGCACAGAUAUGUAUAAAAGGCAAAAUCCACAUAUUUAAAUACCUGAACAUACAGGCUUGUAAGAUUGCUCCAGAUCUGCCAGAUUAUGAUAGGAGACCCAUGGGUUUUGGCUCCUGCCACGAAGAACUGUACUCAGGUCGCCCCUAUGGAGCCCUUGAUUCAGGUUUCAAUAGUGUGGACAGUGGUGAUAAGAGAUGGUCAGGGAAUGAACCUACAGAUGAAUUUUCAGAUCUGCCUCUUCGAGUAGCAGAAAUUACUAAAGAACAAAGAUUACGAAGAGAAAGCCAGUACCAGGAGAAUCGCAGCAGUAUAGUAGUAACAAAUGGUGGAGUGGAACAUGAUCUGGAUCAGAUUGACUAUAUUGACAGCUGUACUGCGGAGGAAGAAGAGGAAGAAGUGAGACCACCCAAGGGCCUGGACUCAGACAGCCUCAGUUCACAGUUUAUGGCAUAUAUUGAACAACGGCGAAUCUCUCAUGAGGGUUCACCAGUAAAGCCAGUACCCAUGAGGGAAUUUCAAAAAACAGAAGACACAAGAAGAUAUUCACAUCAAAACAGGGUUCCAGCUGAGCCAUCUUCUCUCUUAUCACUAUCACCAAGUCAUAAUCAGUUUUCACAUGCAGACUUGGAACUUCAUCGGAGAAGAGAACAAUUAAUAGAACGUACUCGGAGAGAGGCACAACUUGCUGCCCUACAGUAUGAGGAGGAGAAAAUAAGGACCAAGCAGAUUCAAAGAGAUGCUGUCCUGGACUUUGUCAAGCAAAAAGCAUCACAAAGUCCACAAAAACAACACCCCCCCUUAGACGGUGAGUGUCCCUUCCCAUCCAGAAGGUCUCAGCACACUGAUGAUAGUGCCUUGUUAGUGUCGCUGUCAGGUGUGAAUCAAGUGGGCUGUGCUGCUACCCUGCCUCAUUCUUCUGCCUUCAGGCCUCUUAAGAAUGAUCACAGAUCUAAUGCUAUAUCAAGUUCACCUACAACAGAAACAGUUCAUCAUUCCCCUGCAUAUUCUUUUCCUGCUGCUAUUCAGAGAAACCAGGCCCAGCGCCCUGAAAGCUUCCUUUUCAGAGGAGCUGUCAGGGCAGAAACAAAUAAAGGUCAUGCGUCACCCCUUCUUUCAUCUUCUGCACCUACCACUGAUUUUAAAGAUCCGGUAACAAGACAGAAUUCAAGACAGAGAGAAGAAGAGCUGGAAUUAAUAGAUCAACUACGGAAACAUAUUGAGUACCGGUUAAAAGUAUCUCUGCCUUGUGAUCUUGGAGCAGCUCUAACCGAUGGUGUUGUUCUUUGCCAUUUGGCCAAUCAUGUGCGGCCUCGAUCUGUCCCAAGCAUUCACGUUCCCUCACCAGCUGUACCUAAAUUAACAAUGGCAAAAUGCAGACGAAAUGUGGAGAAUUUCCUCGAAGCUUGCAGAAAAAUUGGUGUACCUCAGGACAAUCUUUGUUCCCCUUCUGACAUCCUUCAGCUAAACCUCAGCGUAAAAAGAACUGUUGAAACACUACUUUCUCUUGGGGCACAUUCAGAAGAAUCCAGUUUUGUCUCUCUAUCUAUCCAGCUUUUGGGUUUUGUGGCAUUUUAUUGUACUUUAAUGUUAACUCUCUGUAUGCUUUAUUACUGGAUCUUCCCCCUCUAGCCGAAAGUGCAUUCCAGUGAUUUUUCCAUCUCAUUCCUGUGCUUGGUAAAGGAGGUUUGUUUCUUAUUCAAAAGUAUUUACAUAUGUGCUUUUUUUUAACUGGUUAGCCAUCAAAGAGCUAACCAAUAAAGUAGAUAAAUUCUUUCCUUGUGUGUCCAGAUGAGCAGCUCAUCACAUGAGGAAGCAUUUAUGAUUGCUAACAAAGAGCAGAAAGACCAGUGUAUUUUCUUCUGCUCAUUUGUCCAUCCUCCUGGCCUAUAUGUGGCCUUGUUUCUCUUAUCAUAAAUGCUGAGCAGGGUCUACUAAUACAGUCCUGAGCCUGUUGUUAGAAUAUGACUGAGAACUUUAUUUCCAAAUGGCAUAAUAAAAUUUCCAUCUGGCCUUCUUUCCAUGCCUCAACACAACUUAAGUGUUGAAAUUGUGAGAAGUAUUAAAAUUACGAGUUGCUGAACUUUUCAACAGCUGUUCAUGAGGAAACAGUUCUACCCCUUCUGUUCUGGGGAGCACCUGGUCACUUAGAUCUCUGCAUUGAGCUGUGCCCUGAAAUCUGUCUUUAUUGGUAGGCACAAGUCCACCUAAUAAGCAUCUGCUCUCUGGACAUCUGGAAGGCACUGGCCAUUUAAUCUUAUUAUUAUUUAUUAUUAUUAAUAAAUUAUUAUUAUUAAUAAUAAUAUUAUUAAUCUUAAUAAUUUUAAUUUGAUCAGAAUAUUCAGUCCAAAGAUAAUGUAGGUUCCCUAGAUUGCUAUUCUGAGCCCAUUGUGUACAUUGGAAACAGUACACAAGCAAAUUAUCUGGAGCUGACCUUUCAUGGGUAGGCGCCUGUCUGCACAUUUAUUGUGUUUGUUAUCUUUAACUUCACUUCUAGAAUCCUAUUUAGAAUUUAAAAUCGGAAUUUAUGUAAUUUCCAAUAUAUUUGAACCAUCUUAAUAGGUGAACUUGUAUUUGAUAGGCUGUUGAGGAGAUUUUAUCUGAACAGUAGCAGGUAAAGUAUUAGGCAGCAAUCUCUGUUCUGUACCCAAGGCAAUGAAUGCCUCUUUCAGAAUGCUUAGUAUAUUAGCUGCUAGCCUUAAUGCUUGAAAGUACUUUAUAAUUGCAUUCAGAUUCUGGUUCUCAUAAAUAGUGUUUCUGAACAUUCAGGAAUCUCUGAACUCUGUUAAGAAAAUUGGACAACUGAACUCAUGUAUGAAGGAAGAUUGUGAGGAACCAUAUCAUGUUGCAAUAGUCAAUCUGAGGAUCUGAUUGCUUUGGUUUUCUUUCAUAUUAAAUGGGGAAAUUAUUUAACACAUUAAAAACCUUUUAUUUUUAAUGCUGAAACAUUGAACGCUGUGUUGAAAACAGCAGUAGUGCCUUUUGGAGUUGGGGGGAGGGUUUUUUUUGUUUUUAAGAUGUCUCUGAGUCAGAGAUCAUUCCGUUUUGUGAAGUUCUGUCCCUUUAAAAAAACACAUGGUGUUUUAUGUGGUUUUGGGGGAGUAAUGGUGCAUUCUCUUCAGAACAGAGUUCCCUCUAAGCCAGCUAGAAGGUAAAUGUGCAUCUGGAAAGCAUAAGCCACUGAGGGAAUGUGUAAGCCACAGGCUUACAGGUCACAGGGCACCCCUGGAAACGGAGAUCAAGGAAUCGGCCUCAGAGGAAAUAUGUCUCCCCCCAGAGUAAAACACCCUGCAGGUUCAUUUUAAGUAUAGUUAAUCUGUACUUCAAUUUUACUCAGAAGAUUUAUACAAAGUUGCUAGUUUCUUAAGAUCAAAAGAUUCCAUUUACCUUGUUUUAUCAAGAUCAGUAUUAAAUAAAAAGAAAGUGAUUAAGAAGCACAAGUACCAAUAACGGUUCAUAAAACAUACUUGUUAUAUUUUUAAUUGCAACGGGUUUUGUAAAACUUCCUAAUAAUAUAUUAAGUGCCAAUGAAAAGCUGAGAAAAAUCCAGUUAUCUUCUUUAAUAAGUAUGUAUAGUCUCUUUUUCAGUAGAACCAGAAUUCCACUUUCAUUCCUUUAAGAGUAACCUCUUCUUUCUUUCAUCUAAUCAAUGAUAGAUGUUAUUCUUAUGAUAACGCCUUUUUGUCUUACAAGAAAGGAUUAACCAAACACAUUAAUGAGGUAAUAAACAAGAUAGAAGUAAUUUAACUUGCUUAAGCAAACAUGUAAAUGCUUUUCAAAUAUAUGUUAUUUAAUAUGUUCCUGACUAAGCUCACAUCAUAGUUCUCCAGCAUAAUUUAAUCCAUUAAAUACCAGGAUAUAAAAUACUUUUUCAAAUAUGAUUUCUUUAUUUAAAUUCUGUAAUUCAAGUUUUUAAGUAAUUCAAACUGGGCCUUCCGUGAAUUAUCCAGUGUAGGGGACAUUUUCUCAAAUACUUCUGAAUCUCAAGGAUAUACUUCAGUUUCUUCCUGUGAUCCCUGCCUGGUCUGAGAACCCUGAUUUUCAUAGUCAGGUCUAUAAUGUAGAGAGCAUUCCUCUCUCAGGCAGUCUGAGUUAUGGCAUGAAACUAUCUUGCAUUCCUAUGGUUUGUAAUUUCCAAAGUGCUUUCUCCUACAAUGUUAUAUCUUUAGGCUUCAGCCAUCCGGUAACUUGGAACUGUUUUUCUAUUUUCAUCUGCCUCAUUUUACUGAUCUGCAUUGCUCUUUUAUUUAUCAGGGGUGAAGGAUGCUGCUUUUACUCCAUAGUAGUAUGUUUAUCUUCUGUUGUAUGUAAAAGUGUAUGUAACUUGUCCAUUUUCUAAUAUUCAAAAUGAUCUGUAUGUACUUUUAGAUGUAUUAAUAAUAAAAAAAAAGUGACAGUGAGUGUCAGGUACCAUCUCUGUAUAACUCAUAUUAACAGAGGUCAGAUUCCCAGGUACUGACUUCUUGUAUCUCAGUUUAUUAUUAUGAGGGAGAGAAGAGAUGCUUAUUUUUUCUUUUCAGUUCUGUGAUGUUCAUCCUCUUUUCUCUUCUGUUUGUUUUUAUGUUACAUUGUCCC